GCGCCCGCCAUGUUUCCGGCAGCGCUCCGUGCCCGCCGCCCGCCUGAGCCUCCGGGGCCGGCCCGGCGCGGGGCCAGGGCCGCCCGCGCUCCUCCUCGGCCGCCGGGACGCGCGACCGCCAGCGGCUCCUCCUGAAAGGGUUGUCCGUGCGUGGCAGCCCGGGGACCCCCGAGGGAUCCGCCCGGGACCCCUAAAGAUCCGCCCGGAACCCCCCGAGGAUCCACCCCGGACCCCCAAGGGAUCCGCCAAGGGAUCCACCCCGGGACCCCCCGAGGAUCCGCCCGGGCUGCCCGAGGAGAGGCCGGUUGGGGAUCCCGGUGCGGGGAUGGGAGCGCCGCUCUGAGCACGGCGAGGGACCCCGGAGAGCGCAGCGGAGACCCCCCCGUCCCCCAGCUGAGCCCGGUCCGGGUCCAUCCCACGGGAGCGCUCCUGGCAGGCUUGGAGGGGCGAGGAUGGCUCAGGAGACGAACCAGACCCAGGUGCCCCUGCUGUGCACCACGGGCUGCGGGUUCUACGGCAGCCCCCGCACCAACGGGAUGUGCUCCGUGUGCUACAAGGAGUUCCUGCAGAGGCAGCAGAGCAGUGACCGGAUAAGCCCCCCAGCUCCCAGUGGUGCCAGCAGCAGCCCCAUGGCUUCUGAAGCAGUUGCAGAGGGAGACUCCACACCUGAGGAUGCAAAAGCCAGUGCUCAGACUCCUGUGACCCAUCAGAUGACUGCCAUGAGCAUAUCCAGAGAGGAAACCAGCACUGAGCCAGAGGAGUUCAGCAAGACAGAAGAAGCCUCAUCAGCAUCUUCCUCGUCAGGUCCCCUGCUUGAGAUCCCCCAGGACACAGCUGAGGGCAAGGCCGCUGCGGAGAAGCCGAAACCCAAGAAGAAUCGCUGCUUCACCUGCCGGAAGAAGAUCGGCCUGACUGGCUUCGACUGCCGCUGCGGGAACCUGUUCUGUGCCAUCCACCGGUACUCCGACAUGCACGCCUGCCCCUACGACUACAAGGCAGAGGCUGCCGAGAAGAUCCGCAAGGAGAACCCCAUCGUUAUCGCCGAGAAGAUCCAGAAGUUGUGAAGGGGGGUCUGAGCAGCUCGAACUGCAGCCAGCAGGGCGGCCCGGUGCUCCUCCCCUUCCUCCCAGCCUCCCUCCUCCUCCUCCUCCCCUCCUCCUCCCAGCCCCAGCGGUGGUGUGAGGGUGACUCCGGCAGCGCACACGGACCAGCACCGGGACACGGGGGGCUCCUCGCACCUCCUGGGCAGUCAGUCGGUGUUCCUUCUCUCCCUUCCUGCCUGUCCGACAGCCACAGCUCAGCUGACGUGUUCUCAACCAGCUUCCCGAAGGAAAAGGGGCCGUCCUGCCCCGCUGCUCCAGCGCUGAAGACCUUGGGACCCGCCUCUCUCCGGGUGCUCUGUGUGCUGUGAGCGUCUGGGCUUUCCCUUCCCGGCUGCUGCGAGUCCCGUGAGCCACCCAGGACUCGAGGCCGGAGUCCCUGAGCAGCCUCUGGACUUUGGUGCCCGUGCCCCACCUCCUGCAAUCCCGGGGGCUGGGGGAUCCCGGCAGCCAGGCUGCCGUCUGCUCCCCGGGAGGUGCCCGGGCUCUGACGCAGCAGAGUUGUUUCCGUGGUUCUGACGCCCCAGAUCCCCCUCCCCACCCUGUGCUGGAGAAGCCCCGAGGGGACUGAGCAGCGGGGCUGGCACAGGGGAGUCAUUUCGUGGCUUGGAGCGACGUGGGCAGGGCGGGACCUUUGGGAAGAGGCUCCGCUCACUGCCUCGUGCCCUUCUCCACAGGGCGGGAGCCAGGGACAGCCCUGCUCCAGCCUGCCGUGCUCCAACACCCCUGGAGAACCCCAACUGCUCCCCCAGCGAGGUUUGUGUCCCCUGUCCCAUCCCUCUCCUCCCCUCCCCUCUCUCCCCUCUCCCUGCCUUCUGCCUUACACGAGUCGCUCUCAUCAGGGUUGUGCACAAAGCUCAGGUCCCCACACCUCUGCUUCUGGACCUGUCCCUGCCCCCAGGUGACAGCGGGGUCCCCUCCUCCCCCCUGGGCAGCUCGGGGAGCCCACCCAGCUGCCCUCUCCCCUGCCUCCUCCUCCUCCCUCCCUCCCUCAUGCUCCAAAAGCCGCACGGAGGGAACUGGGCACAGGGAAAGGCACAUGGAGGGGCUGCAGGGCACGGGAAAAGUCCCGAGGAGGGUCCCAGGGAAGCACAGAGCAGAGGCUCAGAAAUGCCCAGGGAGAGCCCCAGGGAGCAAGGGAGAGGUGCUUGGAGAGCUCUGGGCCCACUGAGAGAGUUCCCUGGGGUGGUGGAAGACUCAGGGAGGGCUCCGGGGUGCCAGGAGAGCUUUGGGGUACAGUGAACACGCUCAGAGGACUCGGGCACCCUAAAAAGCACCUGAAGGGCUCUGGGGUGCCCACAUCAGCACACGUGUAGGGAGGUUUAGGGAAAGCCAAAUGCCAGCUUGGCAUCCCUCCAGGAGGAGCCUCUGGAGGGCUCAGGGAUGCAGCACGAGGCAGGGCAGCGGCUCCUGGGGCACCUCCUCACCCUGUUCCUGGGAACACCGGGAGCAGGGUGUCACCGUGGGGCUCUGGUGUCACAAGCACAGGACCCUGGAUGUGUCCCAGGGGACAGGCAGCAAUUCUGCCCCGCUGCUGGCUGUGCCACCCUUGGGAAGUGUCUGCCUGGGUGCUGGAGAGCAGAGCCCCAGGGAGCAGCCGGGGGGGAAUCACGGCCAGCCCUUCCUUCCCAGUGCUGUUUUCCUGCCUUGCUCCUGGCAGGGCUCCUUCAGCAAGGGGGGAUUUCCUGAGUGUUGGGUUUCCCAGUCUGAUCCAGCCAGAGCAGCGUGUGCCCUGUGGCCACUGCCACUCUACAGUGUGACCAGGAGGGUCCCGACUUCCACAGCUGAUGCAAACCCAACCCCCCAGCACAGAGAGGAGCGAGGCUGCCCCUUGCCAGCCUUUCCCUCGGGUUUUUGCUCCUGGAUGGCGUGGAUGUCUCACCCAGAGCAUGCAGGUGUUGUCCCUGGACACCCCUGGGCUGGGUUUGCUGUUGAGCUCUUGGCUGGGGACGAUCCACGGCUCUCAGGGGGAGCAGGAAUCGCAGCCAGCCCUUGCCUUGUGUUCUCCCGAGGGCCACGAGCUCCGGGGAGGUGCAGCAGCUCCCCUGGACGCGGCGGGAAAGCCCCCCGGCCACCUUCCAGCUUCUCCACCACCCACCUCCUCCCUGUCAUCCCCUCCCUCUCCAUGAGUGUAAAUACAACACAGUCUAGUUUGCUUGGA